AUUAUUAUCCUUGUUAGCUCUACAAAUAUAACAUAAUGUGUAACAAAACAGGGAAACAAGCGAAUUAUUUUUGCAUUUAUUUAUAUUUUACAAAAUUAUAGCAGACGAGAAAUCUCAGUAUUGUUUAAGUAAGAAAGAUCCUACUGAUCAAUAUGAAUUAAGUGAUGGCACCUGCAAAAGAUAAAUGGAUUAGACGUUUUAUAAUUACUGAAACAAAGCGGCACAAGAAAGGCUUUUAGAUUUUAGUAUUAAGUUUCUUGUUUUUUUUUUAGGUAUUUCUGAAAUCCUCUCAUGAAGAAGUAUCAAAAAUAUCUGUAUGGAAGCGUUAUAAUGAUUUCAAAAAACUUCAUGCAGAACUCUGUCACUUACACAAGCGUUUUGGAACGAAAGAAAGUUUCCCACCUUUUCCCAAAUCAAAGUAUUUUGGCAGAUUUGAAGCUGAGGUCGUAGAGGAGAGGAAGAAAUAUGCUCUUAAGUUUUUGGAAUUUGUAGGACGAUACUCAUACUUAUACUCAAGCGAUAUCUUUAUAACAUUCUUUGAAACUAGUCAUGCAGAUAAUUAUAGUAAUGAUUGCGCACAUUCCUUAAGCUCAGAUACAUCUGAAGAUGAUCGUAUUGUUGCUUUGAGUGAUCCUGUGCUUGUAAAUGAUAAUACAGUGCAAAGUACCUUUGAAAUUCCAUGUUCAUUGAAAGCAUCUCAUAAUGUGUUAACAAAUCCAUGUUCUUCUUUGUCAAAUGUUAUUUGUGCAAACAAAAAUGAAUUUGCACAUCGGAGAAAGAAUGAAUCUCAUGACAGUAUUAAUUUACAGAAUGCUAACGUUAAUAGAAAAGAAAGCUGUAAAACAGCAAAACUGCAAAAUAUUAUUAAACAGUAUGAUGCACAUCAAAACAAAAGUUUUGAUAAGAACAACAUGACAACACUCAGCGACGUAACAGGAUUUGACAGUCUGAAUAAUAAUAUCAGUAAACCCUUUUUAAAUUAUGAUACACAUUCUACAUAUUCUGUAAUAAUACAAGAGGACGUAAAUGAUUCUCAGGCACAACCAGAUUCUACACAGUAUCUUUUGAUAGCAGCUGCUCACAUAAGUGCAGCCUUCAAACAUGAAUCUAUAGCUGAAUACGAGGAAGCUUUUACACAAUAUAAACUGGGAAUAUCGUGUUUAAUAAACGGUGUACAAUUUGAUUCAGACAGUACAAGAGUACCAGGCAUAAAAGAUAAGAUAUCAAAGUAUUUAGCACGGGCUGAACAAUUAUAUAACGAACAUUUAAAUUGUAACAUCUCUAAAGUAACUAAACCAAUAUCUGAGCUUCAAUAUUAUAAAGUGCUUAAAAUAAUGAAAUCCGUGAUGCUCGUAAUGGAUAUACGUGCAAAUUGUAAAAGAAUAAUCAAGACUAUAGAAAAAUCUUGUAUUUAUGAGGAUAAUGUAAGCAAUUAUGUGUUACACAAACAAGUAUCUUAUAUGGUACUUUUAUACGCAUGUAUUGAAACUGAGACUACUAUAUUUUUAAUCUUACAAUAUGCAAGUUGUGGAAGAUUAUGGGACUUCGUAAGACUACAUUAUAAAGAAUUUGACAGUUUGUAUGUAACUUCAAAUCACACAUAUAUAAAUAAAGAUGUCAAUGGAAAGAUCAACAGCAAUGAAAAUAUUUAUGAACUAAAUAAAACAGAUACAAUUAUAGAAAACAAUAAAGUACAGGGAAAUCGUCGAUGCACGACAGAUGAUCAAAGUGAUAUCUAUAUGGAAAUGCCUACUAUACAAUUAUUAGAAAAAUCGCAAGAAUUAUUACAAUCUGUUAAUGCAACAUUAAAGAAAAGCAAUUCUAUUGCAAAUCGAUUAAGUGAGUGUAAGGAAUUGAGACAUUCAGAAAGUAAACCAUCGCUGAAUGCAAUGACUGUUACACAGAUCCCUCAAGAAUCAGAUCUUAUGUUAUCUAAUAAUGUCUCGAUCAAUAAUGUAUUACAGAUCUGUGAGAAUAAUAAUACUGAAAGUAUUAUAUCUGAUCAGAUAAAUUCAUCAAACAUUAAUUAUAGCAUUGAUGAGACACAAUAUACGAUUAAAGAAAAUAAUAUAGAUGAACAGGAGUUUUGGCAAGUACCGGAAGCUGUAAUUCGGUCAUGGGCAGCUGAAAUUCUUUUAGCUUUAGAAGCACUUCAUCAGCAAAAUAUCAUAAUUCUCGAUUUCAAACCUGAUAAUAUUCUUCUGGAUGACGCAGGACAUAUUCGGCUUACUUAUAUUAUACCACAGCACAAUGUUGAAUUAUCUAAACUAAUAUAUCCAUAUUCAUCACCUGAGUCAGUAAUGUUUUCUCCGACCAUUCCUGUUACAUCCGCUACGGAUGUUUGGAGUUUCGGAGUUAUUUUGUAUGAACUAUUUACUGGCACUAUGUUUAUCAAAAGUCAUCCAGGAUCAUUUCAUUCACAUUCCACAAUUAACAUUCCUAGCAGAUUAUCGAAAAGUGCAGAAUCUUUAUUAUGUGGCAUGUUAAAAUAUCAUCCAGAAGAGCGACUGACAAUAGAUGAAAUAAAGCGUCAUCCGUUUUUCGCAAGAACUGAUUGGUUAAAUAUGAUUUCUUAAACUUGAUGCUUACUAGGGAAUUCAUCAAUUUUAUAUUGUUAUAAUAAUUGUACAAAUAUUUAUUAUGCGGAGAUACAUCAAUCUUAU